AUGCAGCAAAUGAGCGACGCGCUGAGCUCAAGCCUCUGCCAACUCAACUGGCUGAUUGCCAAGAGCGGAGCUGGAGCACCUCAUGCGAGUCCAACUGUUUCAAAUCCACCGUCGGAGGUGAUACAAAAGAAGCAUCGACCGCGAAAAUUUUGGGGUCGCGAUGAGAAGCCGCCAUUCUCAUACUCGCAAUUAAUACGAAUGGCCAUCGAGAAUCAACCGGAUAAAAAGAUCGCGCUCAGCGAAAUUUACGAAUACAUAAUGGAGCAAUUUCCGUUUUACAAAGAGUGCCGAAAUUCGAGUUGGAAGAAUUCGAUUCGUCAUAAUCUCUCACUCAACAAACAAUUCCAAAGGCUUGAGAAAAUCCAAGGGAAAAAGGGUAGCUAUUGGACAUGCGUUGCUCCGCCUGAGAAGAAGCCAAAGAUUCUCGAAGGAUCGCCUCCAAGGAUAAAUCCUGCAAUUGAGAAAUUACUCAAUAUAAAGCCCAAAAAAGACACGGGACCCGCAACGCCAGUUUCCGAUUUGGAAUGUGCUGUUGUUGUCGAGGAUCGAUAUCUUACGAACGAUGAGAUCGCUGAGCUGAAUCUUUUCGAUUCCUGCAAUCUCAAUCAAUCUUUCAAAGUCGUCUACGAUCAAAUUUAUCAAAAGGAUCUCAAUAAGGAUCAUCAAAAUUCCGAUAUCGAUUGGCAUCGAAUAAGUGUUGAAACCGCACAAACCGGAACACUGAUCUCGGAAGCCGUUGAGGAGGAGGACGAGUUCGACUGGAAUUUGAUUCUUUAG